AUGAAAAGAUUAGCACAUAGAAGAAGAGAGCCAACUUAAACUACUACUUGUGUAUUAAUUGGACAAAUUUUAGUUUAGUGAUCAUAAGACUGAAUAGGAUGAACCAAAAUAAAAAGAUGACAGACUCAAGAAUUGGAACAUUAUGUUUGGCAAUUUCUUAGGUGAAGGACUGGUUAGAUAAAAGAAAAGAAAUAAACAUAUCGAUCCUGCGUUUUUGAGAGAGGCUCCGAUCUUUUGUGGGAGUAAUGUGUACAACAGUCCUUCAGUAAGGGACAAUUUUGAAAAAUUUAUCAAAGGUGAAAUAUCAGCUUGUGAGUUUUUAACACGUAAAAAUUAGUCAGAAUUGCUUGAUCGACAAAGACCUAAUUCUCCUAAAAAAUUCAAACUUUUUAGAAUUGAUAAAGAUAAAAAUCAUGGGAACGAUAAUCCUAAGCAAUCUGGUUUCCUCAAAUUACUGAAAGACAAAUCAGAGGAAAUCUCUAAAAAAUCAAGGAUUGAAUCUAGGUUUGCUGUUUUAAGAAAUUUAAUUGAACAUAAGAUAAAAUUAAAAGAAGAGGAAGAUAUUAUAAAAAGAAGCCGGGAAUUGAAAAAUGUUGGUGUUAUCAAACAAAUGUAUGAUAUAAGUGAUGAAUAUAUCAAAUUGAUAUCUAGGAGAUAUAUGGAAAAAAAAAUAACUCCAACAAUUUAAAAAAGCAUUGUUAAAGGAAGCCAAAUUAAAUUAAUUUAACACUAAAAUCCAUAUCAAAAUUAAAAAACAGCUACAUAUGAAAAUGAAGCUAAAAACAAAUAUGAUCCUCCUACCUAAAUAUCUGCGAUCAAACUUUAAAUAAAUUAAAAAGCAAAAGAAUAUAUUGAUGAAUUACAAACUAGAGAUUUCAUUCAAAAUGAAAAAGCCAAAAAAAAAAUAUUCCAAAACUCUUAAUAUAAAAAUAUAGUUCAUUAGCAAUCUUAAUCUUUGCAUAGUCUUAGGAAUGUCAAAUAAAUAGUUCCAUUUAUUAAAUAGAACUACUUAAAAAAUCAAUAUAUAAAUAAUGAUUUAGAACUGAUUAAAUAUAUUACUGAUUUUCAAGUUGAAGAUCCUUUUCAUGAUAAAGAGAUUUAAUCUAAAGUGAGGAAGUCUUUGCUUAUUUCUGCAGGGAUAGUGCCUCACAAUUAAAUUUAAAAAGUACCUUAGAAAAUUCAUAAGCAAUCUUACUUGAAUCUAAAUGACGGGGUAUCACAAAAAUCUUCGAGAUCAAUUAAUGAUUCUUUAAAUUCGAUGUACGAAUUUAAUGUAGACUCAUUAUAUAAUUAAAGCAUAACUUUACAAAAUAAAUUACUGGAAAAAUAGCCUGAAGGUUUUAGUAAAACUAUAAGAUCAAUCCAAAAGAAUGAAUCCAUCAAGAGGUAAAUACUCUAUUAAUAAUUUAGGGAAAUCAUUUAAAGAAAUGUCUAGAAAUUAGAGGGUCUCAAGAAACUGAAAAUUGGUGAAUGA